CUGUCUGCAAUCAAUGUGAACGGCUGGAGGUGGAAGAUGGUGUGAAAGGACUGAGCGAUUGGACAGCGGCAAAGCCCCGGGGGUCGUUGAAGGCGAAGGAAAAGCAAGUGGAGCGUUCACCCAGGAGCAGUAAAUCCAGGGGCACAGAGAGAGAGAGAGAGAGAAAGGCUACAUUGUGGAACACUGAGACAUGGCAACAUUGUAACUGGGCGAUAAUGUAACCGCUGUGCACCCUUCACAGCUCCAGCAAGCAGCAAAGCACAAGGCAACUUUCACACAGCAGCACCAGCAGCACCGUGUUCUCUCCUGGAAAACAUGACUGAAGAGGUUUCCGAGGUUCCCAAAGAGCUGCUCGACAGCGUCAGGGAUGUUAUUGGGAGGAAGAUUAAAAUCAUCUCAAAGAAGAAGGUGAAGCUCGAAGUCAAAGGCGACAAGGUGGAAAAUAAAGUUUUGGUGCUGACAUCAUGCCGGGUUUUUCUGUUAGCAGCCCGAAUCCCUACCAAGUUGGAACUCACUUUCAACUAUCUGGAGAUUCAAGGAAUAAGUUGCUGUAAGCCUGGACAGUUGAUUGUAGAAACGGAUCGAUGCACUUUUCCUUUGAAACUAACUUCAUCAGAAGAGGUGAAUGAAGUAGUGGGGAACCUGGGAUCGUGCCUCAAGAAGAUGCUUCCUGGUGUCUCUCCAAUGAGGGUAUUGAAAAAAGUGACAAUGGAACCUUCAGAUCGACUGUCGUCUCUGCAGACCUUGUGGGAUAGUCAGAAUAUUGCUGAACCAGGGCCUUGUGGUGGUUUCUCUCAGAUGUAUGCAUGUGUUUGUGACUGGCUUGGAUUACCAUAUAGGGAGGAAGUACAAUGGGAUGUGGAUACCAUUUAUCUUACGCAGGACACUAGGGAACUGAACUUACAAGAUUUCAGCCAUCUUGACCACAGAGACUUGAUACCAAUUGUUGCUGCGCUGGAGUACAACCAAUGGUUCACAAAGCUCUCUUCUAAGGAUCUUAAACUGUCCACAGAUGUUUGUGAGCAAAUUCUACGAGUUGUUGGUAGAUCGACACGUUUAGAGGAGCUAGUGCUGGAAAAUGGAGGACUCCGAACGGAUUUUGCACAGAAGUUGGCCAGUGCGCUUGCUCACAAUCCGAACUCAGGACUUCACACAAUCAAUCUUGCCAACAAUGCACUGGAGGACAGAGGCAUGUCUUCUCUGAGCAACCAAUUUUCCAAAAUUCCAAAGGGAUUGAAGCAUUUAAACAUGUCUAAAACCUCUUUGUCACCUAAAGGAGUGAACAGCCUUGCCCAAUCAUUGAAUGCCAACCAACAAAUUCCUAACUCGCUCACACAUCUUGAUCUCUCAGGGAACUUCCUCCGAGGAGAUGACCUAUCGAAUUUGUACAGUUUUCUGGCCCAGCCAAAUGCUCUUACUCACCUUGAUUUGUCGAACACAGACUGUGCGUUGGAUAUGGUGUGUGCAGCACUUCUGCGGGGCUGUUGUCAGCAGCUUGCCUCUCUUCAUCUGUCAAAGAGUAUCUUCUCACACAGGAAGGGGAAGGAAGUUCCUCCAUCUUUCAAACUGUUCUUUAGCAGUUCACUGGCUUUGAGACACAUCAACCUAUCGGGCACCAAACUCCCUGCAGAAGCUCUCAAAGCACUUUUACUUGGGCUUUCUUGCAAUCCUCACCUAAAGGAUGUUUCUCUUGACCUUAGCACUUGUGAGCUUGGUCACUGUCUAAGGUCAGGUGGGGCUCAGAUUUUAGAAGGUUGCAUUGCAGAAAUCCAUAAUAUUUCAAAACUGGAUAUUUCAGACAAUGGUUUAGACUCCGAUCUUGCUACUCUCGUAGUGUGGAUGGGCAAGAAUAGGUCAAUUCGCCAUCUAGCCUUAGGCAAAAAUUUCAACAAUAUAAAGACCAAGAAUCUCGCGCCCGUGCUUGAUAACAUUGUACAGAUGAUUCAAGAUGAGGAAUCACCACUGCAGUCACUAUCGCUAGCAGAUUCAAAGCUUAAGACUGAAUUAACAAUUAUUAUUAAUGCUUUGGGGAGCAAUUCUACUUUGACGAAGGUGGACAUCAGUGGGAAUGGAAUGGGAGAUAUUGGUGCUAAGAUGCUUGGGAAGGCCCUCCAGAUCAACACAAAGCUCAGGACAGUAAUUUGGGACAAGAAUAACAUAACUGCACAGGGCUUUCAGGACAUUGCUGUGGCUUUGGAAAAGAACUACACUUUAAGGUUUAUGCCUGUUCCUGUCAACGAUGCCUCCCAGGCAUUGAAGGCCAAUCCAGAAAAAACCGAGGAAGCACUGCAAAAGAUUGAGAACUAUCUGUUGCGAAACCACGAGACCAGGAAGUAUCUGCAAGAACAGGCCUACAGGUUGCAGCAGGGUAUCGUGACCAGCACUACACAACAGAUGAUUGACCGGAUGUGUGUAAAAGUGCAGGAUCAUCUCAACUCAUUGAGAUAUUCGGAUAUAGAUGCUGUUCAAGAGGAUUUGCGACUAGCUGAAAACCUGAUGCGUGAUGCCAAAAAUUCCAAAACGCUAUUGCCCAGUCUUUAUCAUCUGCGAGGAGCUUCUUGGGCAGCAGGAAUCACUAGCUCAUCAAAUCCAAUUCAGGAAAAACUGGAGUCCAUGGCUGGGGAAGUCACCCGGGUUGUCGAGGAACAGCUCAAGACUAUGUUGGAGUCCAUGGUGGAUGUGGCUGAGGGACUAUGUCCUCAUGUGAUGAGAAAAGCCCAUCUACGCCAGGAUUUGAUAGAGGCCAGUACCGAGAAAGUUUCCAUUCCCCGGACUUUCGUCAAGAAUGUUCUACUUGAGCAAUCUGGUAUCGAUAUUCUUAACAAAAUCAGUGAGGUCAAGCUUACUGUAGCAUCGUUUCUGUCUGACCAUAUUGUAGAUGAAAUUUUAGAAGCACUUUCAAGCUCACAACAUAAACUGGCCAACCAUUUGACAAAGCGUGGAAAGCCACUACCACGCCAGGAAUCCACAGAAAUAGAGGUAUUGGAAGAGAAACCUACCAAGCGUCUUGCUGUCACCGCCGAGGAACUGACUGAAUUGGAGAGGCUGGAAGAGCUUGACACCUGCAUGACUCUCUGCUGUACCAGUAUGACCCCCAAGUCGAAGAGGAAAAGUAUCCACAGUAGAAUGCUCCGCCCUGUUUCCAGAGCAUUUGAAAUGGAAUUUGACCUGGAUAGGGCCCUGGAGGAGAUCCCAGUCCAUUUUGACGACUCAACCCCUGCUUCAAGUAUUUACAGCAAGCAAGAACGGUCAUCACGGCCCAGCAGUAUGAUGACUGAACUACCCUCAGAAGAGGUAAAGAAACUGGAGCAUUACACAAAAUCUCGACCCAAGAGGAACAAGAAGUUACCAGCAAGCAAGACAGCUCUUUCCACAGAUUCGCAGGAGGGUGAACAGAAUGGCCUUAUGAGUAGAAUUGAUGAGGGGGUGGAUGAAUUUUUCACCAAGAAGGUAACACGAAUGGAGUCAAAGAGAUUGUCACUGAGAAGCUCAGAGUCCCUGGAUUCUGGUGAUCCAGAAGAUAAAAAGAGGAAGGACUCCAAAAAAUCAAGUUUCCUAAAUUUAAUCAAAUCUCGAUCCAGUAAAACUGAACGGCCACAGACCGUGAUUGUUCCAGAAGAGCCAUCGUCGCCCAAAGGAGUUAUGAAAAGUCCAGCCACAGACCUAACUAGGAGGGACUCAAAGCCGGUGGAACAAAAUGGCAGCACAGAACACCCAGACGAACAUAAAACACCCGAUUCUGUGGAUGCAGUGUUUGAGGAUUCGGCCAAGUCCGAGAGGUUGGACAGCAAGAGCAGCCCACAAGGAGGCCGUUGGUAUGGGGUGCAAGUUAUGGGCAGUGGACUCCUGGCUGAAUUCAAGGCUAAACAAGAAAAGCGGGCUGCUGUACAAAAGAAACUUGAAAAUGAAGCUGGAAGCAAGGAAUUGUAUGAAAAUAUGUCAAGUGUAGACCGAUUAGAUGAAGCUGGCAGAGCCAAGGGCCAACAAGUCCAAAAAGGAGAUUCCAGCCUGACUUCACCAGAGAAACAAACAAAACCUGAACCAAAGACAGAAACAGUGAAACCGAAAAGUUCCUCCUCCACACCUACCAGUCCAAAAACACCACCUCAAAUUCUGAAGCCCAGCAAUGUGGGGCGACCUAAUAUUCCUCAGAAACCUAGGCCCAGCUGGAGCACAGAGGAAACCCCAGAAUCACCAUCUGGUCACACUUCCCCCAAAAUUGCUCUGGUUCCACCUGUUCUAAGGAGAAUGCCAUCAGAUAAAGAUGGACAGAACAGUCCUCCUUUCAGUGGGCCUAGCAGCUGGUCAUCUUCACAUGAAGUAGAGCUAUUUGGACUUGAUAGUAGAGCUGACACAGAACAUGAUUCUGAAAUGGCCAAAAAUGGAGCGCGUGUCAAAAGAACACUGAGGCAAUCAUCAACUGGCGCAGUGAAUGAUGCAAGCGAGAUUGAGCGCAAGAAAUCACAGCCAAUAACUGUACGCCAAAGCUCUGUGUCAGAAACAAGUUCCAGGCAAAGUCCACGCUCUGAGGAUGGCAAACCAGGCCGGUUUUCAGAAGAUCAAGAAUUGCGAGGAAAGGAGAAGAUGCCCAAGAGAGAGCGACAGCAUUCAAGAGUGGAGGGAAAGAAUGGCAGCAAGUCCAGUGAUUCUGGAGAGGAAGGAGACAAAGACUACAUAUUUGUAUAGGGGCUUUUGGAUUAGGAGGUUGCGCAGCACAAGAGCACACAGUGAUAUGAAUAAUCAGGGUGUAAAGAUGAUCUGAGAUGUUUCUACUCACCAGCCAGCCAUCAAAUUAAAACUUAUCAAAACUGGAAAAUGGCAUUUAGAUUCCUGCUUUGAAAGCAAUCUUUUUUCUUAUAAAAGAAAGGCUUGGUUCUUUAAAAGAUUGUUUGUUUGUUUGUUUGUUUAUUACAUUUAUUUGCUGCAUGCGUAAUAUUUUUCUCUUAUCCCUGUGGUUCCUAUCUUUUCCUUCUUCAUUCUUCCCUGCUUCCCACCUCUGACAAACUGACAUUCCUUUUUAUUUUUAAAUUUUGCUCCCAUACUUGCAAAUGUUGGCAGUUUUUCUCAUAUAUCGGAUUUCUGUUAACCAGCUGCCGUGGGAAGACAUGCCUUGUACAAAGACAUCAUAAACCAAGCAACCAAACUGGAAUCUUUUUAAGGGCAGCUUCUGUACAAUGAACAGCAAGCUUAUGGAUGUACUCCUGUGUGCUUACUUGUGUGUCAGAUGUGCAUGCAAGAUAUAAUCCUGUAUGCAUUUGAGUAAAAUAAUGAUACUAACUGAGCACAGUAAAGGACUAAAUUUGUAUAAUUUAUUAUAAAUAAAAGAGGAGCUUGGGUAGGUGUUUGUAAUCAUCUAACAGGGCAUAUUUUAGCCGCCAGGUGUACAGAUAAUCCAUUUCAGAUUAUUAAAUCUGUUUUCACAAACAUUGCCAUAAGCACAAUGAGCAAGAAUAUGUGGGGAUGGUGGGUCCAUCAUGUGGGGUGUAAUGUUUAGCAGUUUCAUGCUAAUGGACUGUUGGAACUGGGAAGUUUAUUUUUUAUGUUAAUCAUUAGGCUAACUGAUGAUCUGUUUAUCUACUUGCUUUUACAUCUGAAAUUAUCUAAUCAUUAUGCCUUCCAGUGGCAUAUAUUGCUCUCUGUAAGUUAGUUCAGUGUAGAGGGGAUUUCUUUCUGUAUAUAUUUGUACCAAUAAAGAGAAUGAUUCUA